AGCGGAUAGCCUUGAGAUAGCCUGCUUAGCAGAUAGACUGGUUACAGAUAGCCUGGGUACAGAUAGACUGGUUACAGAUAGCCUGGGUACAGAUAGCCUGGUUAAAGACAGCCUGGGUACAGAUAGCCUGGGUACAGAUAGCCUGGUUAAAGAUAGCCUGGGUACAGAUAGCCUGGUUACAGAUAGCCUGGGUACAGACGGACUGGUUACAGAUAGCCUGGGUACAGAUAGCCUGGGUACAGAUAGCCUGGUUAAAGAUAGCCUGGGUACAGAUAGCCUGGUUAAAGACAGCCUGGGUACAGACAGCCUGGGUACAGAUAGCCUGGUUAAAGAUAGCCUGGGUACAGAUAGCCUGGUUACAGAUAGCCUGGGUACAGAUAGCCUGGUGGAGGUGACGGAGGAUGGAGUCGGAGGAGAGCCUGCUGAAUGUGUUCGUGCUGCUGCUGUUCGGAUCUCUGCUCACCGUGGUGGGACCCUCAGCCCUGGAGGAGGGCUGGCAGGUGUACAGCUCAGCUCAGGACCCUGAAGGCCGAUGUGUGUGUACUGUGGUCGCUCCCCAGAACACCGUCUGCUCCCGGGACGCCCGGACCAAGCAGCUGCGCCUCCUGCUGGACAAGGUUCAGAAUAUGAGUCAGUCCAUUGAGGUUCUGGAUCGGCGGACUCAGAGAGAUCUGCAGUUUGUGGAGAAAAUGGAGGUUCAGCUGAAGGGUCUGGAAACCAAAUUCCAACAGGUGGAGGACGGACACGAGAGCAACUGGGCCAAACAGUACCAGUCCAUCAAAGCUAAGAUGGAGGAGUUACGUCCCCUCAUCCCGGUCCUGGAGGCCUACAAGGCGGACGCUCUGCUGGUGCGACAGUUUAAGGAGGAGGCGGCGAACGUGACGGAGCUGCUGGGAUCGCUGCAGGAGCAGCUGGGAGGUGUUGACUACCAGGAAGUCCACAGCCGAGUCCUGGACCUGGAGGAGCGGCUGAGGGCCUGCAUGCAGAGGCUGGCCUGCGGGAAGCUGACAGGAAUUUCUGAGCCAGUCACAAUCAAGACGUCUGGAUCCAGGUUCGGAUCGUGGAUGACUGACCCGCUGGCCGCAGCUGGAGACAACAGA